AUGCGUCCAGCAACUCUCCUCACAACGGCGUUCAUGCCCCUCCUCGCACUCACCAGCCCAACACCCGUACAUGAGUCCUCUCCUGCCCCGGAAGCAGAGAUCCUAGCGCCCGACUGGCCAUCACUCUCACAACUCCUCAAUCGAGUACACCCUGGGGUUCUGCAUACAGUCCUGCACUCUCUCGCUCCCAAAUACCAAGAUGGCGUCUUCGACGAUGAUCGCUCAGCCGUUGCGUCCGUCCACGCAUCAGACCACAUCGUCGCCACAAAGCUAGUGCAUCUCGCGCUCAAGAGGCAGGACAAUGGCACAGUGCCAGAGACAACACCAUCGUCGACACCGACACCAACGCCCACGCCCACACCAGACAGCACUACCCCGCCAGCAGAGACAACUCCAAGCCAAACGCCCGAGACUACACCAAGCGCCAGCCCGAGCAGCACACCAACCCUCGACGCCAGCCAAUCAAGCGUCAUAGAAUCCCAGUCAAGCGUCAUCGAGUCCCAGCUCCAGAGCCAGGUCACCGCCAGCGAACAGCCUUCACCAACCACGGUCGAGAUCGCACCAACAACCCCACCGAAUGCUACGCCCGUGCGUACCGUUGAUGGCGGCGUCGUGUUUUCAACAAUCGGAGGCGGUGUCGUUACUGCGACAUCAGCCCGCAUCCCAGUGAGCUUCACCAAGAGCUCAAGCACGCGGAUAUCGGUCACGACGAACGCGGAUGGCAGCGUGCAGACUUUGACGAGUGUGGUGGUCGUGAAUGCACCGGUGACGGGAAGUGGUGACGCGGAGGGCGCGGCGGCGAGUGGGAGUGGGCCUGGCUUGCAGAAUGUGGGUGGGCCUGGUGCGGUCGUCGUGUCACCAGUCUGGGUAUGGAGCGUUGCUGUUGGUGCUGGAUUGGCUGGUGUGAUGGCUUUUGCUUUGUGA